CUGUAAUAAGCUCUAUAGGGAAUGUUGAUAUGUAUGGUAUGGUAGAAAUGCACCCCUCCUUUUUAAGGUAAACCGAAUAAACGUUCACAAACUGACCCGUAUCACAUUUUUCUGGAACAGUCAAUUCAGGGAUAAACUGACUGCCAGAAAAAAAACAAUUUUAAAAUGUUUAUUUAUUAUUAGUUGUACUGCUUGGAUCCCAACACAACUCACCUAACUGUCCUAGUAUACACUUACACAGUAACACACACCUGCUGCACUGAAAUUGACCAACAGAAACCUUUCCAGAUUGGCAGCCCGAGUUAGCUCACAGAACGCUUUGAUUGGUCGGCUUAAUGGAGUGGGAGGAGCGCAGCCCUCCUGUGUCUCUUCCACUAAGGUUCUUUCAUUGGAUUGACCAGCUGUCAGGUUGAACACAAAACUGCCUCCUUUUGGUGGUGUUUGUCUGGAUCGCAACACAAUAGCCGGGUGGAGAGCCUCCCCUCAUAAGCUCCGAUUGGCUGGGCUCAACCUUGGUGAUUUCUGAUUGGCCCAAUGAAGAAACACCAAGGUAGGUUGCCUAGUGAUCCUGAGGAAGCUGAUGUGUUAUUCCUUCUCUGCAUCGAAGGAUCAGGAAGUUUGUGCUCUCUGCGUGGCUGAGAAGUUUUUCACCUACUAGGACGGGGGUGGGGUGGGGGAACAGGUGUUCUCCUAAAAUAGAGUACAAGCUGCAGCCUGCGUCCACCCGUAACCCAGGAGUAACAUCAGGAAUAGGUGAGAAUGACCACUUUAACUCAUCGGGCCCGUCGAACUGAACUAAGCAAGAAUUCUGAAAAGAAGAUGGAAAGUGAGGAAGACACUAAUCAAGAGAGGAGUCCAGAAGAUGAAGACUCUGGAGACUCUAAGGAUAUACGCCUCACCCUUAUGGAAGAAGUAUUGCUCCUGGGACUAAAAGAUAAAGAGGGUUACACAUCUUUCUGGAAUGACUGCAUAUCAUCUGGCCUACGAGGGGGCAUCCUGAUAGAGCUGGCUAUGCGGGGUCGAAUCUAUCUUGAACCCCCCACCAUGCGUAAGAAGCGACUAUUAGACAGAAAGGUACUGCUAAAGUCAGACAGCCCAACAGGUGACGUUUUGCUGGAUGAAACUCUCAAACACAUCAAAGCAACUGAACCCACAGAAACCGUCCAAACAUGGAUAGAACUGCUCACUGGUGAGACCUGGAACCCCUUCAAAUUACAAUACCAGCUAAGAAAUGUACGAGAGCGAAUUGCAAAGAACCUGGUAGAGAAGGGUAUUCUAACCACUGAGAAGCAGAAUUUCCUGCUAUUUGACAUGACUACUCAUCCAGUGACCAAUAUAACAGAGAAACAGCGACUAGUGAAAAAACUUCAAGAUAGUGUACUAGAGCGGUGGGUAAAUGACCCUCAGCGUAUGGACAAGCGAACACUAGCACUCCUGGUGCUAGCCCACUCCUCUGAUGUGUUAGAGAAUGUCUUCUCCUCUUUGACAGAUGACAAGUAUGAUGUGGCAAUGAAUCGAGCCAAGGAUCUAGUAGAACUGGACCCUGAAGUGGAGGGGACAAAGCACAGUGCCACAGAGAUGAUCUGGGCUGUGCUGGCAGCCUUCAAUAAAUCCUAAAGCCAGCAGGUUGGUUUCUCCUUUUCCCCUGCUGGCUGUUGACUGUCAGAGACCCCAUCACUGAGUUUUGUGUGAUGAUAUGUUUCAUCAUUUUUUCUCUUGAAUCAGCCUCCUGAUUAGGGAGAGCAACUUCAGGGCUUCUCCAUAGACAAUGAAAUCAAGCACAUUUGAUUUCUCCCUUUACUUCCACUCCAUAGGGGAAUAAACUGGGUGAACCCACACACACCCAAUAAACAUAUUCUCCCAUUUCUUGGUUUAGUUUCAUCCAGUGUGCUUUGGGAUAAACAAGAAUAUCUAAGUGGAAUCUGGAGUUCUCCAGCCACAGAAUGUGAAUGAGAUGAAGAGCAAACCAUUUAUUGUAUUUUUCUAAGUUUGUUUUCUAUCUUAAAUAUAUGUUUUCACAGCCUUUGUCUCUGCUAAA